AGUACCUUAACGGGCCGAUCAUAUCUCUGAAGCAACAGUAGAAGCUUUCAUCGUACGAUCUUCUGGCCAUCCGUGCCCAAUAUCGAUGGCACCAACUCCCAAGAGGAUGUCGAGGGAUAUCCGAAGGAGUGUACUGCUAGGCCGAGCAGGUUGGCCGCUCGGCCGGAAUCUGCUGUCGCUCCGGAGUCCCGUCGGUCAGCUAGAACCUCGCUACUCUUAUGCGUGUGUUCGCUCUGCCCAAGUUCCACUCUGCCACUGUCGAAACCUACUGCUAAGCCAAGCGGGGUAGCCGCUCGAUCGAAGUUGAGCUCUGGUAAUGCCGAAACCUACUGACUGGCCGAGCGAGGUAGUCGCUCGGUCGAAGCUCUAUUGUGCCAAUGCCAAGUCUUGCUGCCGAGCGGGGUAGCUGUUUGCUUAGCUUCUGCACAUCGUGAGCGUUGGUCAUUUAACUCCUCCUCGUAUCGAAGAUGGGGAUGGAUCGGGAUCUUCUUCCUCCGGUCAAGCUAUUGUCGUUUGAACAGUCAUAAUAUCUGAACAUUAACCAUCUUAAUUUUGACCUCUACCGUGACAAUUAUCUUCGGAGUCCCUCCUUAUCACUGCAUUAACUAACAAAGCCAAUAAUUGAUCAUGAUAUAAUCGACCUCGGUCUGAUUCUUGGAGGGCUGAAUUAGAAGGCCAAUGGAAAGGUUGGAGAGCUUCGGGAAAUUGGCGGAGUGGGGUUCAUCCGCACUCAGCAUCAUCUUCAGAGUUUCCACCUACGUCUGGAGGCGUAUAUAUCCUUACAUCGAGAUUACAUUCACCGAGUACGCCGGCGAGCAUCUCAAACGCAGCGAAGCUUACGCCGCCAUCGACGCCUACCUCGGCGACCUCUGUCGCGACACAGCAUUCCGUAUCAGGGCCAUGACCUCCAAUGAGGGCGGUGACAACGUCGUCUUCAGCAUGGACGACAACGAAGAGAUCGUGGUGGACUUGGACGGAGUCAAGGUCUGGUGGCUCGCCAGUAAGGCCGUCCCCAGGGUCACUUCCAUCUACUUGGGGCGCGGUGCUCCCCCCGAGGACCCACGCUACUAUCGCCUCGCCUUCCACCACCGCCACCGUGAUUUCGUCGUCGGCCAUUACAUCAGCUUCGUCUUGUCUAAAGGAAAGCAAAUUGCGGCCGAUCAGCGCAAGAAUAAGCUUUACACUAACAAGUCGACAAUCGGCUGCCAUCCAUACGAGCUGCGCGAGACCCUGUGGAGCCACGUGCCGUUCGAGCACCGGGCGAAGUUUGAGACGCUCGCCAUGGAGGAGAACAAGAAGCGAGGCAUCGUGGAAGACCUCGAUAGGUUCAGGAGCAACAGAGAUUACUACAGGAAGUUGGGGAAGCCGUGGAAGAGGGGGUACUUGUUGUACGGCCCUCCAGGGACAGGAAAGUCCACCAUGAUCGCUGCCAUGGCAAAUCACCUGGACUACGACAUCUACGAUCUGGAGCUCACGUCGGUGAAGGACAACACCGACAUGCGCAAACUGCUGAUCGAGACGAAGGACAAGUGCAUCAUCGUGAUCGAAGACGUCGACUACAUGCUGGACUUGUGGAAUAGAAGAAAGAAGCUAAUUGAGGCCCAAAUCGGGGCAGGGAAGGUGAAGGCGGCGCUGGUCCCCAAGGUUUCUGACGAGGAGAGCAAGGUGACUUUGCCGGGCCUCCUCAACUUCAUUGACGGCUUGUGGACUUCGUGCGGCGGAGAGCGGAUCAUCGUGCUCACCACAAACAACUACGAGAGCCUUGACCCCGCGCUGAAGAGAAGAGGAAGAAUGGACAUACACGUAGAGAUGUCCUACUGCAGCUACGAGGCCUUCAAGAUUCUGGCGAAGAACUACCUAAACAUUGAUGGCCACCAGUUGUUCCGCAAAAUCAAACGGUUGCUAGCGGAAAACGAGGUUACUCCGGCGGAAGUGGCGGAGGCCCUGAUGCAUAAGUCCGGCGAUGACGUGGAUACUCAGGAAGUUAGGAAAUGCCUUGAAAACUUAAUUGGCAUACUUAAGAGCAAGGAUAGUGAUCCGGUAGUAAGAGCGGGCCCCCCCCUUCUCUUGUAA